AUGCCAGCUUAUUUCAAAUUCUUAACAGUAAUGGCAUUCUAUGUUUUUCUGCAAGAAAAAGUCGAUGUUGCAAUAAUGGAAGUUGGCAUUGGUGGUGAGCACGACUGCACUAAUAUUUGCUUAUUUCGCCUAGCACCACCAUUCAGUGCAUACGACUGGCCAACGAACAACAUUGAGAUUGGUAUCGGUGGCGUCCACCAACAGCAUAACGUAACUGUUGCACUACAAUUAGCCAAAUUAUGGCUUGAAAAAACUAACAGACAAGGUAAGUUGAACUGA